AAGUAUAUAUAGGAUUGCACACCCAUGCCAUUGAACCACACAUUUCAAUAAUUAUUCGAAUUUCACUCAAAAAAAUGGGAAGUUCAAUGAUAUUAAUCCUAACUCUUACAAUAAUCACUUGCACUAAUCUCGUCCUAGCCCAUGAGCCUAGCCCUCUUCAAGAUUUUUGCGUUGCCGAUUUCAAAAGUCGAGUUAGGGUAAACGGCUUCACUUGCCUAGACUCUAAGCAAGUCACAGCCGAUCACUUCCAUUUCCGGGGCCUACACAUCCCCGGGAACACCUCGAAUCCCCUGGGAUCCUUUGUGAACCGGCCGACGGUCCUCGAGAUCCCGGGGCUCAACACGCUCGGCAUCUCCACCGUGCGCGUGGACUACGCGCCGCGAGGGGUGGUCCCGCCCCACCGCCACCCCCGCGCCGCCGAGGUACUGACGGUGCUCGAGGGUACCGUGCUCGUCGGAUUCGUGACGUCGGACCCCGAGAACAAGCUCUUCUCGAAAGUGCUGCGAAGAGGCGAUGUUUUCGCAUUUCCAUUCGGAUUGAUUCAUUUUCAGCAGAAUGUAGGAGAAAACGACGCCGUUACUAUAGCGUUUUUGAGCAGCCAAAACCCGGGCGUCAUCGCCAUCGCUAACGCCGUGUUUGGCUCUAAUCCGCCGAUCAAUGCUGAUGUGUUAGCCAAGGCUUUCCAAGUCGAGCAUGACCUUGUCAAUAAGCUGCAAGCUCCAUAUAAAUUAUAAUUGUUUCUUUUUUAUUAUACAUAACUAUGUUAUUGAUUUUUUUAUCCUUGUCCGAAUAUAAUUGUGUUAAUCAUUAUUUAGAGCUAGAAUUGUAUAAAUGGAUAUAUGGACGAAACAUAUUUUGUGUUUAAAAUUAAAUUUGAAUAAAUAAAAUUAUAUUUUACUCCAUAGUAUAAAAAAAUAAA